ACCCCCUGCACUACGACACGCGGGCCAUGCAGUACUACCGCCUGUGGAUCUACACGUGCAACGGCCUGCUUCUCGUGUGCGUGCUGGGCUUCGCCGUCACGGCGUGCCACACCGUCGUCUUCGACCAGCGCCGCAACCUGGUGCCGGGGCUGUCCCUGCUGCAGCCCACCUUCCUCUACGGCUACUUCGCCGUGCUCUCGCAGAGCGGCUUCAUCCAGAUGAUAGGCUGCCUGGGCGCGCGGCGACUCAACCAGAAGCUGCUCAACGUGUACUGGCUGCUGCUGCUGCUGCUCCUGUUCGGCGACGCCAUGGUGGGCGUCGUGUGGCUGUUCCGCUUCGAGAGCAUCUGCGAGGAGCUGCGGCCCUGGCUGCGGCAGCGGCUGCUGCAGGAGUACAGCGUCGACUCGGCCUUCACGGCCACGUGGGACGCGUACCAGCGCGACAACCGCUGCUGCGGCGUCCAGGGCCCCGCGGACUACACUGCGCUGAACCGUUCGCUGGGCUGGCUGCCAGACAGCUGCUGCCGUCCGCUCCCCGCGCUGCCACCGCGCUCCGCCGCCCUGCGCAACUUCCACUACCACGGGACGACCACGUCGACGCCGUCCACCACGACGGUGGGGCUGGAGGCGGAGGACGAGUACCACAUCUUCGAGCCGCGGCCCGAGGACGGCCGGCCCGGCGUGGUCCCGGACGCGGCCGACCUCUACUGCGGCGGCCUGCUGCACCCGCCCGACGGCGUCCCCGGCAGCAGCACCAGCAGCACCAGCAGUGUGGGAGGCGCCGGGCCCACUGGCGGCGGCGGUAGCCUGAGCGGCGUGCCCGCGGGCGGCGGCCGCAUCAUCACGCACCCCGUCAAGCCCACGGCGCCGCUCACGCGCUUCUACGUCACGGGCUGCGAGGUGCGGCUCAAAGCGUGGCUCACGUCGGCCGCCGACAUCCUCUUCAUCGUGGGCUACUGCAUCCUGGGCUUCGUCAAGGUCUGCUUCCUGGGCAUCCUCAGGUACGAGAUCAAGGAGAUGAUCCAGAAGAUCAGGAUGCUGCAGGGCGAGCUCAACGCGCCGCAGCUCAGCUCGCCGGACCAGGACCCGCAGGGCAGGAAGUCGCCGCCGCCCGGCUCGCAGCAGGCGGCCCGCUUCUCCAACAACAACGGCUCCCUGGUGACGGGCAGAGGCCAGGGCGCCAGCCAGCAGGACGACUCGCCCGUCAUCGGUAAGCUCUGUCUCUCUCGCACCCAAGCGGGACGCCCCGGCAGUGCGAGAGAGACAGAGCGACUUUCUUUCCUGCAGACCACGCCGCUGCACCACACGCCGGCGGGCGGCGCGCUGGGCCUGGACCGGGGCCUGGACCGGGGCCUGGACCGAGUGCUGCCGGACCGGGGCGGCGAGCGCGCGGAGACGGCGGCGCCCCAGGUGCAGCUAGUGCAGCACACGCCCAUGCUGCACCACCGGCACCACCACCACCACCACCACCUGUCGCUGCAGGACGGCAACGACUCGGACACCAACAGCCACUGCGCGCUGCUCAUCCAGGACGACGGCGGCGGCGGGCUGGCGGGGCUGGCGGCGCAGCAGCAUGGCCAGUCCGAGCCCAAGAUGGCGCGCCAGGGCUCCAACGGCAACAACAACUACGAGCUGCACGAGCUCCACGAGCUGCACGACAUGAACCGCGUGCUGCUGGCGCGCAACCCCACGCACAGGCACCGCAGCGACAUAUGACUACGGCGUUGGCUGGCCGCCUGGUUCCCGCGCGACAACGUGCAGUUCCCCUUCGGCAUCGUGGACAAGGACAAGGACAAGGACGGCGACGGCGCGCCGCGGAGGAGGAAGAAGGAGAAGGACUGAGCGAGAAAAGAGAAAAAGGGAGAGGGGGCGCCCCCGACAAAAAGCAAAAGCUACGCAAAGUGGCGGAGAGACUCGACUCGUCGGCGACUCGGCCCAGCCUGCAUGCCGUUUCCUGUUCCUUGCCCCCGCUGCCAGUGGCGUGGCGCGGCGUGCUGGACGGGCUUCCAGACAAGGUCCGGCACGGCGCUACGCUCCAGGCCCCACGGCCCACGGCCACGGCCCCACUGCCCAGGGUAGAGCGCCCCGCAGGGUCGCUGCCCUACCCUCCUCCGCCCGGCUCGGCUCAGCUCCGCGCUAUACCGCCGCAUGGCUCGGCUGCUUUCUGCUCCGCUCGGCUCCGCUCGGCUCCGCUCGGCUCGGGAAGCUUCUGCGCUACGCCACGUCCAGGCCCGCGACCCAGGCGGCUAAAAUCAAACGUCCCGAACUGAAUGCAUCAGCGCAUCGCAAAAGCGGUGACGACAGUGUAUAUCGUGUGUUCAUUUUAUAGGUAAUGUUAUGUAAAAGACAACGCCCUUCGAGGGGGAAAAUAAUACAAUUUUGAUCAAAUGAGAGACGCUUGCGAAAUGAGCGAGAAAGGUAGUCAUGUGGUGAGUGGACCUCCCUGAAGUGUGGAUUGGUACCUGAUGAAGAAAAGCAAUGGAAUCGGAACUGUGGUGUCUCACGAACAAAGGAACAUCUACUGCUGCACUGGCAAUUGAUGCGUGCCUUCUCCUGUGUGAUAUGCAAUUUUGCAAUGGACAACAAGCAAUGUUCUGAGUAUAGUGUAAGUCACACGAGUGGGGAGAGAAGACAUAUUAGGCCAUAAUUAUCUCCAAAGUCUUUGUCAAAUUUACCAAUUAAUCCUGAAAGGUGUGCCUUUGUUUCUCAUCAGACAAGCUUUAUGUGUAGUUUCAAAUUUGGUUUAUCAGAGCGUAAUGGAACUAAUUUUUUUUCUACAUUGUACCAUUUUGAGAUUAUUAUCAAUUUCCUUUAAAUAAUUAAGCAUAUAGAGUGACUGAUUUUGAACAAUGUUAAUAAGUUUGAAUAUUUAAAAGUUACAAAGCAAUAUGUGAGUUCAUGUUCAACUUUAAAUUUUUACUUAUUUUUGGUUUUACUAGUUUGUGAAAAAUGUUAACAUCUUUUUCAGUAACACGAUCUGAAAUUUACACUUGUCAAGGAGGGCAUAGUCUGACAAUAGAUAUCUCAUCCUGAUUUGGAGAGGCAAGAGUCACUAAAAGAAAAAGCUUAUCAACAAUAAUGAACAUUUGGAGUCAACAUAAAACUGAAGUGCAAAGCAGAUGAAAAUAAAACAUUCAAAACUUGCUCUCAAGUUAGAUUUUGCACUGAUAGAAGAAGUCACCGUUUUCUUGACAAAAAUAACAUAAAACAACAUAUUUCAAACCUUCACUCUUAAGGUAGAUAUGCCCCCGCAAUGGAGGGAAAAAUUACCACAGACCAGAACCACAUAGGUGAUUUGUAUCCCAUGAGUGUUGGAAAAGGUGGCUCAUGAGAAGUUAGAUAUGUCUCCUCAGAAUGUCCCUUUUCAAAAUGCUUUAACCUCCAAUCAAUUAAAAUGUUUCUGUGAAACUGUUAAGACAAUAUAUAUGUGUGUGUUACAUAUAUUACAGCAUGUCCGUGACCAGUUUGCACAGCAAACGUAACAGUCCCCUGAGACAAGUCUUCACACAGAGAAACCCUUUUUGUUGCUUGUAUCCCAAUGUACAUAGUGCAAAAUAAACAAGGGUGCAUUAUUUCUCUA